AUGACCACACCUCCUGCCCCGAAACUCUCUUGGGCCGACAAAGCUAAAAGCAGCAUCAAACCUCAAGAACCUCCUGCGGCUAGUAUAAAUGCACCACAACCAACAUCAGUCGCACCUGUAGCGACACCAGCACAACAUAAGCAGGCAGCUGUCGUUCAACCGACUCCUCCUGUAGUUGUAGCUGCAUCUUCACCAAUAGUACCAGCUAUAGCAUCUCCGGUAGUAGUAGCUGCUCCCGUAGUAAAUGCUAGACCUAUAUUGAGCUUUGCUGCCGCAGCUGCAUCACCUCAAGCUUCUCUCACUUCAAACGGCCUUCCGUCACCAAACCCUGCUGCCAUCUCACCGGACGUCAUAACGCCGUCAUCAAAUACUGCUAGUAGUACUCCAUCAAGUUCUGUGCCAACUCGUCUUACUGCUAAUGCUAAUGCGUCCAGCACUGGAUCUGGAAGAAAUAUAGUAUUUGGUACUCAGGGUCCAGCUGAAACCGAAGAUUCGGUUGUACGUUCUCCUUCGAGGCCAGUGGCUGUAUCACAACCACCACAACCAACUAUGAACGGUCCACAAAGACCUGCUGUGAUGCCAGGUACCCAACAAAAUAUAAAUGUACAGCACCCUUCUCCUUCUAUAGUAGCAGGAGCUCCUCAACAGCAGCAGCAACAACCAUCUAUAAAUAUGCAACCAGCUUCUGCUGCAUCUAUGCCAUUGGCUUCACCAUCACAAUCUAUACCCAUGUCAGGCAUGCCGAUUCAACACCAGCAACCACAGCAGCAAUCUGUUCCUCCUCAGCAGAUGCAAAUGCAGGGUGGUAUGCAACAACAGCAACAGCAAAUGCCGAAUGGUAUGCAAUAUCAACAACGACAACAACAGAGACCCAUGAAUCAGCAGCAAGGUGGAGGUGCAUAUGUAAAUAAUGGACGUACAAGCUAUGUUCCUCGGCCGCAACCACAGGCCUACGUAGGUCAAACGAUGCAACCUGUGCAAGCCGUAUACCCACAACAACAACAAUAUAUGGGCAAUCAACAACAACGCCAACAAGAAAUGUUUUACGCCCAACUUCAGCAGAGCCAGUAUGCGAUUGGGUUAGAAUAUCAAAAGUUUCCUCCCGAUCCGUCUACAUGGAAUCAACAACAGCAUUUUCACUACAAACAGCUGUCUGACCAGUAUAAUAGUAAUCAAAUGUUACUAAAUGGCAUGUAUCAACCUGUCUAUCAACAACAGCAGGCUAGGCCUACACAAGGAAAUAUGCCAAUGACGCCCAAUGGUGGUCAGCAACAACGAUACGGUGGCCCUGCGCCACCUGUCGGAGCUCCAGCAACGACGAUGACAUCUCCUGCUUUGCCAAUAGCUGAACCACCAAAGUCUAAAAAGAUCGUCAUCAAGGCUCCUACUGGAGAAGAAGUCGCUCUGAAGGAUUUGAAGUCAGCUGUUGCUCAGAAACGUGCUGCUUCUCCCGAGGUUGCAGUAGUACCUCCUGUUGUACCUGCAACUACUUUGGAACUAGCAGUCCCUUCAACUAGUGAAACUGGUCGUCGAUUGUCUACAAGUGGUGGAUCCAAAGCUAUACCGAUAGUCAAUCCUAAAGAGAAGGAACGAGCCAAAACACCACAACCAGCACCAGCAACUCCUCAAACAGCGGCUGCAGUAAUUGCUUAUCCAGCUGCUAAUGGGGAAGUGGCAGUCCCAGCAAAGGAAGUCAAGGAGGUUCGACGAUCACCCUCUCCAGUAAAAAAACCGGCAGACGUCGUCAAGGCUGCUCCUAGUGCUGCAAAAGUAGAGGAGCCAGUCAAACCAGCAGUAGUACCACCACCUGCAGCUACAAAGGAAGUCACUGUACUCCCAACUCCUGUAGUAACUCCAGCAAAGGAAACAGUCAAGGAAGCUGUCAAAGAAGCAGUAGUGCCAUCGACGCCAGUAGAGGAUAAGGCUUCGAUAUCUGUAGAAGAGCCUAUACAAGCUUCGAACUCUAGCGAUUCGGAUGGUACAAAGGUCGAAUUAGAAGAAGGUGAAGUAGUAGAUGAUGGUAAAUCCAAGCCAAUAGCUGACUCUGCCACAGAGGAGGUCGAUGGUCAACAAUCACCUAGUCUAAGAAUCAGUACAUCUCGAGCACCGAAAGUCACAUCUCUCUUAACCUCUUUCGAUGGUGUCAAGUAUCCAUCUGGUGUGGAAGCUCCUAAAAAAGAUGGAGAACGUAUUCGAUAUACCAUUAGCUUCUUGAGUGCUUUAGGUGCAUUAGCCAAACCUAUUUGGAAGCCGUCUGCAUUACAAGCCUUCCAUGAAGCAUUUGACGAACCCAAGUCAGCUGGAAGACCAUCUGCUGGUGGGUCUGCCCGUAGCUCCGCUGCAGGAGGACGUGCUGUAUCACGAGUAGGAUCUCAAUCAGACUUAGCGAAUAUGGGUAGUGCUGGUGGCAGACCUUCAACCUCAGAGCAACGCUUCCAACAAGGAGCACUGUCUCGCGGUGGAGGAUUUACUGGUGUCAUGUCAUCAGGAGUUCAACCGUCACAAGGUGCUAGAGGAGGUAUGGGUGGAAGAACUGGUUCUGGUACUGGAUUGAAUCAUUUGGCUGGUGGUAGAGACCAACAACAAUCACGACAAUCAGUAGGUGGUCGUGACCAAGGCCAAUUUGGUCGUGGUGUCUUUGAUUCUCGAGGUGGACGACAACCAUCAAGAGGAGGACCACCUCCAGAACCCAUAGUACCAUUAAAUAGAUCCGACAAUGCCUGGGUACCUCAUAAUCUUCCAGUACCAGGCGCAAAACGUCCAGGAGAAGCCGACGUAGAUCCAGAACUCGCCAAGAUCUUACGAAAGGUCAAAUCCUUGUUAAAUAAAUUGACAUUGGAGAGAUUCGACUCUUUGGCUAUACAAGUCAGAGAUGUCGGUAUAACUAAUCGUGAUAUCUUGGAAGGUGUCAUUGAACUUAUCUUUGACAAGGCCUUAGACGAGCCAAACUUUGGUGCCAUGUAUGCCCAAUUAUGUAAUAAGCUGCAUCAAGAGCUACCUGAAAGACAGCCAUGGAUGUCGAACGAUCCUCGCAACAGUGAAUUUAGAAGAGCACUCUUGAACAAGUGCCAACGUGAAUUCCAGUCCGGAAAGAGUUGGGCCAAGGAUGAGGAUCAAGCUCGUGAGAUGAGAAAGAAGGUUGAUACGAUGACUGCCGAAGAAAAAGAAGAGUUUGCUGAGGCUCAAUACCAACGAGACAAGCUCAAGCGUCGUACGCUAGGCAAUAUUAGAUUCGUUGGAGAGCUCUUCAAACAAUCUCUUAUUACAGAAAAGAUCAUGCACGAAUGUAUACAGCAACUACUACGAAACCAUAGUGAUCCCGAAGAAGAAGAAACUGAAUCCCUCUGUAAACUUAUUGCCACCAUUGGUCAACAGCUCGAUCGUCCAGUUGCCAAGCAAUUCAUGGACACGUACUUUACCCAACUCAAAAAACUAGUGAAUGACAACCGUCUUUCAUCACGUAUACGGUUUAUGGUGCAAGAUAUUAUAGAUAUGCGUAAGGCUGGAUGGCAGGCUAGACAGCAGUCUACAGGUCCAAAGACCUUGGCUGAGAUUCGUGAAGAUGCCAAGAGGAAGGAAGAAGAAGCUGAGCAAGAACGUAUACGCAACCAAUCUAGAGGUGGCGGAGGCGGACGACAAGGCUCUGGUAGCAGAAACAUGCCUUCCAUGUCAGACCAAAUGGGUCGUUCAUCUCGUGGUGGUGGUGUACCACCUACUACAGAUGGAUGGACUAAUAUACAGCGUGGUGGUUCAUCUGCCAAGGCUGAAAAAAUGGAUCAUUCACAAUUUGGUCGUGUACAGUCAGCAAUCAAAAAGGAUUCAGAUCCAUCUACUAUGAGAUUAGGUCCUGGUACUGGUAUGGGUACUGGAGCUAAAGGAUGGGCCAUGACGCCAAAGACAGAUUCUGGAACAGCUAUGGCUCGAACUGCUUCUACUAGCAGUCAAUCGUCUGUAACUGCUGCUCCUUCUGCUGUCUUACCAACGAAAGCUGUUGCUGGUGUGGAAGCUAACGCCAACAUGUUUGGAUUGUUGGCAGCCGAUGGUGACCGACGUAAAUCAGUAGAUGAUGGUGAACAUCCUGUAAUAGACACGGACGUUGCUGACAAGAAGGUCACGUUUGAAGAGAAGCCUCCACUGUCAGCGGAACCAGUCAAACUCACCGAAAAAGUAGCUACCAGGAAGAUUGAUGCCAUGAUUGAAGAAUUCUUUGCCAAUUAUGAUAAUAUUGAAGCUGGCAAGGACUUUAUAGAGUUGGGUGAAGAGUGGCAUGCUCGAGCACUCUCAGCUAUAUUGGAUAAAGCAACGGAUAAGAAGAGACCGGAUUACAUAAAGACUGCUGAUUUAUUCUGUUAUCUCUAUGAGAAUACUAUUGUCUCAGCUGAUACAUUCGUGACAUGUCUUACGCAAUAUGUGGAAUUCAUUGAAGACAUAAGUGUUGAUGUACCUGGUGUAUUUGGAAAUCUUGCCGUCAUUCUCUCGAGGCUGCUUGACUUGGGUGUCAUUCAGUUGACGCAAUUCACAGAUAUCUGCUCAUCUAUAGUCAAUGCUACUGCCUUGUCGCUUCCAGCACCUAAACUAUUGGCUGAGACACUAUAUGAAUUCAGAAGAGAGUAUGGUGGUGACCGUCUUGUUGCCUCGAUUGGUGACAGUGGGUUUAAUGUACGAGAGUUGUUCCCACCAACAAGGCGGAAUGAUGAUUCUAUAGCUGAAUUUUUGGACAAUAAGUUGGAGGAUAAAAAGUUGUUUGAGUUGGAGCCAUCACUUAAGGUGUCAAGAGGUCUAAGGCCCAUGUUGGGUAGAGAUGAUGUCACCAAAAUAACAGCUUUUCUUGAUUCAACUUCCACCGAUGUUGGUGGAUUUAGCCAUCAGUAUAUACAUGUCAUCACCAAAACUCUAUGUCGAUACGUUGCAUCAUUGACCAUAUUCGCCAAUGGAUCUAAAACACCAGUUGAAAUGAGUGUGGACCUGUUUACAAAGAUUGACGGUCUGGUGUCGACGGUCGUCAAGCCAGUUUUAGAGCAUGUUAUAAAUAUGGCGGAAAAGUCUCAACAAGAUGAUGUGAAGGUUGAGAUUCUCAUGGCCACUGAAGCCUAUUGCGCUGAAGUGAGCUUCCCACCAAGCUUGCUGGAAAACUUGUUUAGGUUAUUCCUUAAACAUGAUAUUGUCGACGAGCCUAAUUGUUUUGCAUGGAAGAAAGCUGCAGCCAAUAAUACCGAAGGACGGCCGCCAGCGGAACAACAGAAGGUGGACAAAUGGCUCUUGUCACUUCAAACAUCGAAUGAAGAAGAUUCAUGA